GGGUGUGCCCCGUGCAGGUGCCGGACGGCGGGGUGAUAGCCGGGUCCGCGCGGGCGGUGGACUAGGGUUUGAGGUGGAGUAGGCCGGACCGUGGUACCGCUGCGGUACCGAGGCACAACGGGUCCCAGCGUGGACAGCUGCGCCGCCGGAACUCAGGGUCACUGAUGCAGCUGCCGUUAUUUGUCUCCUGGGAGGCAGCGUGAAGAUGCUGAAGGAGCGACCCACGAUGGCCGAGGAUCCCCGGCAGCACGUGGGUGUUCCCGUGGUGAAGCUGGAGCAGGAGUUGCCAUGGGGCAGGGCACAGGAGGACUCCAGUCCCGAGACUUUUCGCCUGAGGUUUCGGCAGUUCCGCUACCAGGAGGCAGCAGGUCCCCAGGAAGCCCUCAGGGAGCUCCAAGAGCUGUGCCGCCAGUGGCUGCGGCCCGAGUUGCACACCAAGGAGCAGAUCCUGGAGCUGCUCGUGCUGGAGCAGUUCCUGACCAUCCUGCCCCGGGAGUUCUAUGCUUGGAUCCGGGAGCACGGCCUGGAGAGUGGCAAGGCCCUGGUGGCCAUGGUGGAGGACCUGACAGGGAGCACGCUGGAGGCCAAGGCGGUGCCAUGCCAUGUGCAGGGAGAACAGCAGGAGACAGCUCUUGGCCGAGGUGCCUGGGAGCCAGGUGUCCACCUGGGGCCAGUGGAGGUCAAGCCCGAGUGGGGGAUGCCCCACGGGGAAGGAGUUCAGGGCCACAGCACUGUGGAGCAGCUGAGUCAGGACCUUGGAGAUGGGACCCAGGCCUUCCAGGAGCAGGCUCUGCCUGUUCUUCAGACGGGUCCAGGCCUCCCGGCAGUGAGCACCAGAGACCAUGAGAUGGCAGCUGGGUUCCUUACGGCGGGAUCCCAGGGGUUGGGGCCAUUUAAAGACGUGGUCCUGGCCUUCCCCGAGGAGGAGUGGAGGCAUGUGACCCCAGCCCAGAUUGACUGCUUUGGGGAGUAUGUGGAGACGCAGGAAUGUGGGGUCCCUCCAGGCACUGGGAACAAGGACAAAGAGGCAAAACCCCAGCAGGAGGACCUUAAAGGGACGUUUGCUGGGCUGACCCCUGAGCGGCUGGCAGAAGCCGCUGUCCAGGGUCCUGGGCCCGACCGGGGCUGUGAGCAGGAGUCCGGGGGCUCCGGGGGUGACCUGCCCGGGCUCCCCGCUCCCCUGCCCGCCGCAGCGGUGGUGGAUGAGCUAGGCACGCACAGCUCCUUCUGGAAGCCCUUCCAGUGCCCCGAGUGCGGGAAAGGCUUCAGCCGCAGCUCAAACCUCGUGCGGCACCAGCGGACCCACGAGGAGGAGAAGGCAUUCGGCUGCGUGGAGUGCGGGAAGGGCUUCACGCUGCGGGAGUACCUCACUAAGCACCAGAGGACACACCUGGGCAAGCGGCCGUACGUGUGCGGCGAGUGCUGGAAGACCUUCAGCCAGAGGCACCACCUGGAAGUGCACCAGCGCAGCCACACCGGCGAGAAGCCCUACAAGUGCGCGGACUGCUGGAAGAGCUUCAGCCGCCGGCAGCACCUGCAGGUGCACCGCAGGACGCAUACCGGUGAGAAGCCCUACACGUGCGAGUGCGGCAAGAGCUUCAGCAGGAACGCCAACCUGGCGGUGCACCGGCGUGCGCACACCGGCGAGAAGCCCUACGGCUGCCAGGUGUGCGGGAAGCGCUUCAGCAAGGGAGAGCGGCUGGUGCGUCACCAGCGCAUCCACACAGGAGAGAAGCCUUAUCACUGUGCGGCCUGCGGGCGCAGCUUCAACCAGAGGUCCAUCCUCAACCGCCACCAGAAGACCCAGCACCGCUCAGAGCCCACACCGCAGUGAAGGCGAGGCCGCCAGGGCUGGGAUCCAUCCGUCCAUCCACCCAUCCAUCAACCAUCCACCCAUCCAUCAACCAUCCACCCAUCAUCAGUCAUCCUGCAGGGCCUGGGGGUGCACAGCAGUGAUGGCAGGCACACGCCUUCCCAAAGUCAGGCGUGGGCUUGGGUGAGGUCAGGGCGGGUAGUUGCCAUCAGCAUUUCUAGGGACACCUGCCCGGAGCUUCAGUUUAGCUAUGGUGUUUUACUGCAGUGAGAUGCCCAAGAGAUCAUUAAGUCAGACUCCUCUCCCCCCAUUCUCUUUUCCAUUUCACAGGUAUUUAUUGAGCACCUGCUAUGCUCCUGGCACCAAGAACUCAGUGGUGAACGAGGCAAGGGAGCCUUGGUAAGUGCCACGCAGGAGAAUCUUGUCACCUCCCGUUGCCAGCCUGCCCUGCUCCACACUGCCGGGGGCUUUUCAGGCAGCUUGGUUUAUUCUGCUUUUUGGUAGCCGCCUCUGUCUCUGACUGCAGCAUUCUGUCCUCAUCUGUAAACUUUGCCUACUCCAUUGUUCCUUGCACUAUAACAACAGUGGGUAGGGAUCAGUUUUGGAAUUGAUCACUGAGUAAACAGAAUAUUUUUAAAAAAUAUUCAGUUCUGUAAAGAGAUCUGCUCAAAUGACUGAAAGAGGAGCUGGCGUUGAUGCCCUGUAUUUGAUGGCACUUUGCAGUGUAUAAAAUGCUGUUCUCUAUGUUCUUGUCUGAUUCAUUCCAUUACUAUUUGCUGAGGCCCUGCAGAGUGCAGGGAACUUUCUGGGUGCUUGAGAUACAUCAGUGUGUAGAAGAGGGGAAAUCCCUGACUCCAGUGACCUCACGUCUUGGGCACCGUCCUUCAUCUUCAGAACGUCAGAUGCUGCUGCACAUGUCCUCUGGGCCUGGCCAGGUGUUCUCGGUCCUGUCAGCUGCUUCCUCUGAAUCACAUUCACCAUGUGCCUCUUGUCAACGAAUUGUCUGUCUUCGGUGUGUCUGACCCUUGUCAUCUGAGACACGGGUCUGGAAACCAGCUGGAUGACAAGGUGGUAGUGACCUGUUUCGCACGCAUGCUCAUUCAGAAAAAUGGAGAGAUUAGUAGGCAUAAAAAAUACCUCUCUUUAAAAAUGGGAAACGGCAGUACCUGUAACUGUGUUUUUGUUUUCUUCUGUUUAUUUGCAAUCACUAAAGGGUUUUCUGCUGGUAAAAGUCUGGAAACUAACCAGCAUGAUGGACGCACUAUGUAAGUGUACACCAUGCCUUUGAACGCUGCUGCUGAAUAACUUCAUCUUUUGUUGGCUGUGUACUGUGAUAGUUGCAGAUGUGGUUUGUCUUUUGGUGCCUCCUAAUGUCCUUUUCCUGAGUUCUCCACCCCCAGGUUGCACUGUAAACACAACACAUGGUGAUCACUAGCCACAGUUGUUCUUCGCAGUCUGCUUUGAAAUACAUGGUUUAUCACCUGUGUCUUGGCAGCAGCCAUGACAUGUCCUUCCUAGUCCCUCAGCUGUGCCCAGGAGGUUGCCCUAACCGAAGCUCACGUGUGACUGAGACAUCCACACGGGCUCCUCCAGUGCUGAAUUCCU